AUGCCGAAGAUAGCGCUGGGCCACCGCCGCGAGGCGUCCGACCCCGGCUGCCUCCGGGCCGUGCUCGGCGAGCUCGUCCUCACCUUCCUCUUCGUCUUCGUCGGCGUGGGCUCCGCCAUCGUCGGAGGUACGUGCGGGCAGUGCUCCUCCGCCCACUUUAAUGCCGGCUACAUCCGUUCGUUCCGUGCAUGCUGUGCACAGCCCCUGAAUCAACCGUUCAAUAUUUUUCUAUUACUUUGUUUAGUUGGUUAUACAACUAGGUGGGGCACACACACCUACCAAUUACAGGACGACACGUGUGUUUUGCCCCUAGAAAAAUGGAAACACCUGCGCGAAGUUUGGAUAUCGUAA